AUUUUUUUAGUUUGUGUUGUCCAAUCAUCCCCGAGUCGGAGAUGGCUUGGGAGGCAGUCGUUGCUGCUCCUUUUCAAAUGUGGUCCAGAGUUCACUAGUAAAUAAUCCAGGACGAUGGUUUGGGCUCUCUUGUCCUCGACGUUGCGUCGCUGCACGAUUGUAGAGCCCCGGUUGCUCCAGUUCGCCAAGUGUAGCACGCAACCAGCUCGGCGAGAUCGCGACGGCGAAAUUGACCUUGACUCACGUUACUCCGCAUUUGUUCACACCCUGGAAGACAAAUGGCAGAAACAGUGGAAGGAGGAUGAGCUUACGAAAAAGGAUGUCAAGCCGUACUCGUCCAGUGGCAAGAAGAAGAAGAAGAACUACGUCCUGUCCAUGUUUCCCUAUCCGUCCGGUCGCCUGCACCUGGGUCACGUGCGUGUCUACACGCUCAGCCACACGCUGGCCGCUUACCGUCGCAUGCAGGGCUACGAUGUGAUCCACCCGAUGGGCUGGGAUUCGUUUGGCUUGCCUGCCGAAAAUGCAGCCAUAGAUCGAGACAUCGCUCCUCACACAUGGACAGAAUCGAACAUCAAGGUCAUGCGUGAACAGCUGGAAAGUGUUGGCCUCCACUUUGACUGGCAAAGGGAAAUAGCUACUCACCGUCCUGAGUACUACAAGUGGACACAGUGGCUCUUUCUCAAGCUGUACGAACACAAGCUAGCCUAUCAGUCUUCAGCGUUUGUGAACUGGGAUCCUGUGGAUCAGACCGUGUUGGCGAAUGAACAGGUGGACGGUGACGGACGUGCGUGGAGGUCGGGCGCCAAGGCAGAGCGCCGUGAGCUACGCCAGUGGUUUAUCCGUAUAUCCGAGUACAGCCAAGAAUUGUAUGGUGGUUUAGCUUCGCUGGAUUGGCCCGGCCCUGCUAAGAAACUACAGAAGUCAUGGAUCAGCCCCUCUCGCGGCACUGUCUUCAAGUUCAAGUUGACGGAGAAACUGGGCAGUCAUGAGGAUGUUGAGAUUUACACCACACUGCCGCGCGACGUGUUCGGUGUCAGUUUCAUCUCUCUGAGCCGGAGCCAUCCUCUUGUGCACGCUGAUAUCGACCUGCUACCAGCGGAGCAUCGGGAAAAGGUCCGCGACUUCGGUAUGGCCAUCUUCAAGGACCGUACCGAAGGAGACUUGAAAGGUGUCUACACCGGAUUGACAGUGGUUCACCCAUUCACUGGUAAACACUUACCCGUCUACACGGCAGGAUAUGUUCAUGAAGGUUAUGGAACUGGUGCCGUCAUGGCUGUUCCUGGUCGCAAUGACAUGGACAAGAUGUUUGCAGCCGAGCACAAUAUACCCAUUGAGAUCGGAGUGCAGGAGGAAAAACUCAUCAAUGCCGGACAGUUCAAUGGCAUGGACGCCGACAGCAAGGAUACGGACACUGCCAUAGCCAAAUACGGAGAGGAGCAAGGCUUCGCCUACGCAGCACGCUUCACGCGCCUACGCGACUGGCUGGUGUCGCGCCAGCGCUACUGGGGCACGCCGAUCCCCAUCAUCCACUGCAGCAGCUGUCCGCAGCCUGUGCCCAUCCCAGAAGACCAGUUGCCAGUCAUUCUACCAGCAGAUGUCAAGCUGCAGGGCCGUGGUGGAUCACCUCUAGCCAAACUUGAUGACUGGGUCAAUGUUCCAUGUCCAAAAUGCGGCUCCCCGGCCAAGCGUGACACGGACACGAUGGACACGUUUGUGGACUCAGCCUGGUACUUUCUACGCUUUGCCGAUCCCAGCAACCAAAAGGAGUUGGUGAUGAGUGAGGAUGCCAUGCCCGAAGGCGCACAGUCAUACUUGCCGGUGGAUACAUACAUUGGCGGCAUCGAACACGCUAUUCUUCACUUGUUGUAUGCACGGUUCAUCCAUCGCUUUGUUCAUAACCUGGGUAUCGUGAAGAGCAAAGAACCGUUCAAACACCUUAUCACACAGGGUCUGGUCCAGGGUAAGACUUACAGAUCAGCUGACGAUGGCCGUCAUCUCAAGCCGGAAGAGAUUGAGAUCGAUGGAGACGUUGCGAUAGAGAAAGCGACGGGAAAGCAGGCCACCAUGGAGUGGGACAAGAUGUCGAAGUCCAAACACAACGGCAUCGACCCAAUGGACCUGAUUUCUCGUUUCGGCGCCGACACAAUCCGUCUGUAUAUCCUUGGUGAUUCUCCGAGCGCAAACAGCUUCAAGUGGCAAGAGGGAGGCCUCAUCGGCUACCACAGGAUGCUGAGCCGGCAGUGGGUGCUGCUCAAGGACUAUCGCGAUUCACGGCGACAGGCAUUGGCCAGCGGCCUGCGCGUGGACGAGGACAACUUGCCGGCUGAACAUCUGGCAAUCCUGUCCGAGCUGGAGAUCCGCGCCAUGGAAUCCAUCGCCAAGUGUUCGAAUGCUUUUGAGGCACAGUCCUUCCAGACAGUUGUCCAGCAAAUUGCUCGCCUCCAUGACCGCCUGAAUCCUGCAGUUCAGAACCCGGGUGUGGUGACAAGCGAUGUUGUGCAUCGCGGCAUGCAGUGCGUCAUGAUCAUGCUCUGGCCACUGGCACCGCACAUGGCUGAGGAGCUCUGGCAAGGACUGGAAGACAUCCACGGAGUGGAGAAGCCAAGUCGGGUGUGGCAGCAGUCCUGGCCGAAGCCUGACGAGUUCCAGAAAUACGCCUUGGAUGAGUGGACUGUCAGGAUUGUCGGCAGCUCGGAGUUGCUGAGGUUCCAGAUGCCAGCUAAGUACUCGUCUGACUUGGAUGCGGUGCAGAAGCGUGCACUUUCCGACGAGGUUAUCCGUACUCGACUAGCUGGACGCAAAGUCCAGUCGGCGAACAUCAGGAAAUGCUUUCUGACAUUGGAAGUGGAAUAACAUCAUACCAAGAAUGCGUAAUGGAUGCUUGCAACGACGAUGCCGUCAUGUCAAGACUCUUGCAGGCAGCUCUUGCACGUCACACCUUCGCGAGUCUAGCCGAGUACCGUGUCGCAUCUGGAUUUGCUGUGUCGCUGCGUGCUUGUGGACUUGUGUCGCUUGUCACGUUUACACGUGCACACGGCAUUGCACGUACUUGCGGGUGUAUGCACGCAUGCACGCUCGGUGGACCUUACCCGCUUGUCUGGCACUGCUGCACCUGCCCGUCCUGCACUGCUGUACCUGCCCGUCAGCCUGGUGUGAUGUGCGUUGCGGCUCGUACUGCGGGAGCGCAACAUCAUCGUUAUGUGUUUGCUGUGGAUAUGCGUGCACAUGUACAUACGUACAUGUUUGCAUCGAGUCAUACUGUGCACAAGCGCAUGGCUGCACACAUGUAUGUGUGGACAUACGCUUGCGUGAACAUACGUAAGCUUGCAUGGACAUGUUGGUGUGGACACAUGCGGCAAGUGUGGACGUACGCUUGCGUGAAUGUAAGCUUGCGUGGACACAUGCAGGCGUGGACAUACGCUUGCGUGGACAUAUGUAUGCCUUGGCAUAUGCUUACAUGGACUGUAUGCGUGCGUGAAAUCAGGAUAAAUCUCGGCGGUACGUGCCUUGCCUUUCACUUUGAGUUUAUAACUCCCAUCUCCUACUUUGCCUGUACACUGCAGCAUAGGAACAAGUAUGCUUUCCUAUUUCAGAACUUCCCAUGGCUUUUAGGCUUUAUUUACCUUGCAAACUCGGCUAUUAAUUUAUGGGGUGCGUCAAAAGGAACCUUGGACAUUCAUCCAGGUAGCUGCCCGGCUUUUGAAGCAACGAAUACCCGAUGCCCUCCCUCUCUCACCUCUCAUCCCUGAAUCAACCAAGGCAGCUAACGUGUUACUUUGGCAGGCCAGGCUUUCAAAACCCGUGUCUGUGUGCUCUCGCUGCUGCUACUACUGCUGUAUUGUACUGCCGAUCCCCCCCCCCCCCUCUCUCUCUCCAGUUUCUGCUCCUGUCGAAUUUGUUUCCCCUCCCCUCCCCCCCCCCCCCCCCGCCUCUCUCUCCAGUUUCUGCUCCUGUCGAAUUUCUACCCGAGAAGCAACUUCAGCAUGCCUUGUAUGUCAAAAUUCGGUGUUGAACCGACUCAUGCACUGCUCUUCAUGAUGCAUGCUGUUGCAGGAAUUAGAUAGAGGUUAUGCGAAUGGUUUCAUGCCGGAUUUUCUAAUGGGCAAUAAGUAUAGAGCAUCAGCCAGCGG